AUGUUACCACAACAUAUCAAAGUGAUUUUUAUUAUUGCAUUUGAGCUAGCAUCAUGCGCUGUAGUACACCCCAGAAAUGAGCCACCUUGUAAUGUAGGGAAUGAUUAUUUCACAAGCGGUCCCGAAUGUUACAACUUUUAUUCGUGCCGAAACGGGGUAUUAGAGAUAAUAGAAUGUCCUCCCGGUUUGCUGUGGAAUAAUUUUAUUUUACGCUGUGAUGCCGCUGAGAACGUAGUAUGCCAGAAUGAUGGCACAACUACAACUCCACCACCCACAGCAGCACCUACAUCUCCUUCUACCACAUCGCCACCAUCAAAUACCUUAAUGCCGUCAGUUGAGGGUGCAUUACCGAUAUUAUUGCCCGGCUCUCAGUGUUCUGGAGAUAUUCCUCAGGCGUUUCUAAUACAUGAAACAGAUUGCCGCCGUUUUUUCUAUUGCUUUAAUGGUAUUCAAUAUCCUCAAGUCUGUCCGUUGUUUGAAACAUUUAACUUUGUACUAGGACAUUGUGUUCCACGAGACCCAAUGUUUUGUUAUCCUGGUAGUGUUUAA